CUAGCGGAAGUAGCUAUGUCUCAGAUGGCUGUUGAAAUUCAAGUCUCCAGGUGUCCUAGGAAUAUUAUCUUAAAUAUUCCCCUCAUCCUCACUGCCGGCCUGCCGGCUGAGUCCUGCCCGAUUUCAGACCGCUUCCUUCAAAAGCUUGUCUUCAUCUGCAUAAAGCUAUGUCUUCUUGCUCAGUCCGCUUUAAUAAUUUAUAGCUAGUAAUAUCGAUGUGUUGUACUAUUCAUGAAACCUGAUUAAAAAGGCAUCUGGUGACAGUUUUUAAGACAUGGGUUGUGCUCAGAGUAAUGGAUUCUCCAGGGAUUCUCCGCCGCAUGGGCUCGACAGGUUGAAGCUCGAAAAUGGAUACGUUAAAGGAGCACAGGCCAGGCCACGGAGGUCGACAGGCGUAAGGCCGGAGGCUGCAAAAGGAGGCAGUGCACGAGCAAGAAGAUCGACAGACAAUGGAAAUACAAAAGGAGGGAAGAUUGAGGUGAGGAGGUCAGCUUCGGUCGGAGUCAAGCCAGAAGGUGCCAUGGAUACGAAGCUGAAUGGAGAUGGAACCAGGCGCCGCGUCGUUGCUGGCAGGGCAAGUUUUGGGGAGAAAGGGAAUGGUGGAGAAGAUCGAGCAGCUGCCAUGGAAGCAGCAGGGCGAAAGAGUGGUUCCAACAGGGCUGAAUCAGCGAAGAAAUCCGGGGAAGAUGAACUGGUGGAUGGAUGGCCCAAGUGGCUAACUGAUAACAUUCCGCGGGAAGUUUUAAAGAGUAUUGUUCCGAAAAGCGCAGAUGCUUUCGUCAAGAUAGAUAAGAUAGGCCAGGGGACGUACAGCAACGUAUACAAAGCGAUGGACAGGCGGACGGGGAAGAUUGUUGCGCUGAAGAAAGUCCGGUUCGACACAUCAGAGCCGGAGAGUGUGAAAUUCAUGGCUAGGGAGAUCAUGACUCUGCAGAAACUGGACCAUCCCAAUAUUGUGAAGCUUGAAGGCUUGGCAACUUCAAGAAUGCAGUACAGCAUCUACCUGGUUUUCGAUUAUAUGCAGACGGAUCUUGCGAGAAUCCUGUCCCGGCCGGAUGAGAGGCUCACGGAGCCACAGAUUAAAUGCUACAUGCAGCAGCUGCUGUCCGGCUUGGAACACUGCCACGAGCGCGGCAUUUUGCACCGGGAUAUUAAGGGAUCGAAUCUGCUCAUCGACAGAAAUGGAAUGCUGAAAAUCGCAGAUUUUGGGCUGGCGAAUUUCUUUGACUCAGAAAGAAGGUGCGCGUUGACGAACAGGGUUGUGACACUUUGGUACCGUGCCCCGGAGCUUCUGCUGGGCUCGACAGAUUACGGCGCGGGUAUUGAUCUUUGGAGCGUCGGUUGCCUCAUGGCUGAGAUGUUCGCCGGCAGGCCUAUUUUGCCCGGCCGGACAGAGGUUGAACAGCUCCAUAGGAUUUUCAAACUCUGCGGCACGCCGUCUGACGAUUAUUACCGGAGAUUGAGACUGUCGACAGACCUGAAACCUCCACAGAUGUACAAAUCAGUUCUCCGCGAAGCUCUGAAGUUCUUCCCUCCAUCUUCUUGGGAUCUUCUGCACACACUGCUAGCCAUGGAUCCCGGCCAUCGAGGAAGCGCGCGAUCUGCGCUCCAAAACGAGUUCUUUCACACAAGCCCUUUAGCAUGUGACCUUUCUGGCUUACCAGUAAUCCAUGUUGAGGACGACGAGAAUGAAGCUCUGAUGAUUGAUAAGCGAAGACACAGGAGAAUGAGACGGCGGAGGAAGAACGACAAGGAUGCUGAGGAACCGAAUGGAGAUGCUGAAAGUUCUAAGGGCAAGCAGAAGACAGCCGAGGUAUCGGUCUUUAGCAGCCUGCCGGGGAGCAGCGCAACGAGCACGUCCUCUGCGAGUGGGAAGACAGUCGAGAAAGUAACUAGCCCACCUCGGAUUCAUCAAAUGUUCACAAAGUCGGAAGCUCGUCCGAAUCCUGUGAAAACUUUCCGGCCGCCGAUGCCGGCUGCUAGAAAACACAUUCUUCCUGAUGGUACUAACAGAUUGGACAUGGUGCAAAGGUCUGCAUCCUCCAGAGAGUACCGAAGAUCUGAAAAAUGAAAAACUUGUCAAAGUUGCAAGAUGGAGAUGCUGACUUUUGUGUGUCUGAAUCUUACAAACUGACUGUAAACCAUUCUUGAAACUUAUGCAAUUGGAACAUGGAUUUUUUUGCGAAGUCAGAUUGUCGUUUUGCUGAUAGUCGUAGUAUGAGACGACAAUUUUGUGUGUGUUCAGCACACGUUGAACUUUAUUGCAAUUGUUCAUUGCUCUUUUUCUUA